GAUGCGCCUUCACUUGCCUCUCUCACACACACAUCUCCUUUCACCUUCCGCUUUCUCUCACCUUUCCACCCACCCCUCAUUCCACCUUCCCAAUUUCUCUCGCCUCCUUCUCAUCAUUUCCCACUUUAUACACGCUUGAACUUCAUGUUCUUCUCUUUCCACUGCAUCAAAUCUUUAAACUUCCCCUACACCCAAACCGCCGUCGGUACGAUUAUCGCGGCCGUUGCAUCAUUCGGCAAUAUUACAGCAGCAGUAGCAGUCAGUAGCCGGUCGACACUCAACACACCAAUUCAACGCUUUCUUCACAGAUCUAGACGCUCACCAUUCUACCUUUCAGCCUCUCACAACGCUCUCUGUGGAGCCCAAAACAACCAAUCUACCAUGCCGCCAACCACUCUCCCAUCCCCAAUCUCUCAUACAACUUCCGACAAUGCCAUUCGUACACUACAUCCGGUCAUCUUCCCAUCCGAUCAGCGAGCCAAGGUCGGCUGGCCGUUGAAAUGCUAUGAUGAUCUGACAGCGACGGAGAAAAGAAUUCCCGACAUUUGGAUGGGAAGACACCACGAGUGUUCUCGUUUGUGGAGUCUCGAUACAGCGGAAGCGCAAGAGGCUGCAAGAGCCAAAAUCUGGGAAUUGGCAUUUUCAAAGUGGGACACCGAUACGCCAGUUCCUCAACCCACGCGUGCUGUUGUCAGGAAGACCCAGGAUAGCAUAAUCAAGAUUGGAGUCUUGACAGAAGACGCUGAGCCUUUUAAGAAGCUUCAUGGAGAUGAUAUCAGCAUCGCCUCGUCUGAUCCACGUUCUCGUCGGCUGCGCUGUCGUGGAGAUGAUGUCUUUUUGAAGGCCAAAGUCGACUAGGAGCUCGAACGUCUCCGUUUCGGGUUUUGCGACGCAAGAGGCUCCGACUUACCCUUCGGCACCAAAUAUGACCAGACACUUGGCUA